CUUGAUUGGUCCAGUAGUCAACUGUGAAAAUAAUUAGAAUUGCACGUGUAAAUAAUUAUUUUCCGCAUUUCUUCUGUGUUUACUUCCGUGAUUGCGGACAUUGUGAUUAUGAUAUAUUGUAAACUUAUACCACAUUGCCGCAUAACCUCUAAAUACGUAUGUUGUAUGUAUGAACCAUGGUAAAUUUAUUUAUUCAGCAGAGUAGUGCCGAUUUUAACUGUUUUCCUGUUACAUUCAUUCUACAAUAAUUCGGCGAAAUGGACAUAGACUCCAAUAAAAAUCAACAGUUUUUUUCAUUCUCUUCAGAUCCAUUCAGUGUAAGUUUACUUCAGGUUGCAGGAUGGUUAUCAAACAAAUUUAAGGGAUUUUGAUAGAGUACCCCCAAAUGAUUUAUUUGAAAAUUCCAAUCACAUUUUUUCUUCCAUUGGAGUUUUCGACUGGAGUAAUGAAAAAAUUUUACACGCCGACUUGUCGUCAAUUCCAUCCGAAAUGCUUUGCUCAUCUCCAAAAGAUAAAGGUGGUCUCCCAAAAGUUAUUUGGGAAAAUUGGCAGAAUAAAAUUGCAAUUAGCUUAGAAGAAUUAUCUUCUGUUGAAGAUACCCAAACUAAAAAUUUCUUUGAUGUUAAAUAUGAUCCAUUAGAAAAUAGUGUCAGCUCCAACCAAAGUAAGCGAGAAAGGAAAGUGUCAGAUUCUUCAGAUAUCUUAAACACUAGUUUUCAUGACCUUGCACAUUUUGACAUAGCUCAGUAUGUGCUUGGAGAUGUUAAGGACGAGCAUCAACAGGCUGAUAAAAAUGUUAAAUGUGAUUCUAAUGUUUGCUGCUCUAGUGAUGUAAUAUCCAAAGCUGCAAAAAGCAAAGCUGGAGUUAAAAAAAUUGAUUUAAAAGCUCAAAGAUAUAUUACCGAGGAUGAGGAAGUUAAAAAAACAUUGUCUGACAAUGAAGAUGAUGUUGACAUUGAGACAGUUUCUGAUAAUGAAAACUCGCCAGUAUUAGAAGCCGGGGAUCUCACUAGUUUGUUGGAACAAUUUGAGGCUACAGAAGAAAUAAGUUUAAAUUCUACCAAUUUGCAUAUUGAUAGUUCUGAAGAAAAUACAAAGAAGCAACAAUCAGAUAUUGACCCAAACUCUGAAAGUACAAUUGGAAAAUCAAAUUUUAAAGUAAAAGAGAAGAAACAGGAAGUAAUACAGCCUACACACAUUGAAAAUUUUGAUAAUAGGAUAGAGUGCCCUAUUUUGAGUAAAAACACUGAAGGGACUCCAAAAUUAUUGUUUAAUCAGACAGAUGCAAACAGCUGUAAAAUGGAAGCGGUUGCAUCUGGGACUUUUACUGGAAAUAGUAGCAAAAAGCAAGUGUUGGACUACUUGCCACAAGAAGUAAUAGAUCGUAUAAGGGAGUCGGGGAAAAGAAAGCCUAUUACUGUGAUAGAGCCGAUAGCAAAUUGUCGAAGAGGCGUGAAAAACCAAAAUAUAAAUACUCAUUGCAUUUCAAUUUCAAAUGUUGUAUAUUUGGAUCACAAUUAUUGUGGGAGCCUAAGCUAUUUAUCCAAGAAGGAUUCUGGAUUUCAUUCUGCUGAAGAGGAUGACCGAAAUACUAGAAGACAGUUUGCUCCAAAUAAUGAGAGAAAGUCUUCCUUGUCAGUUUUAAAGGCCAAUAUUAACCAAAAUUCUGAAUCAAGCCGCACUAAAAAGAAAAUAUUGAAUUUAGAAGAGUAUAAAAAGCGUCGAAAACACGUUUUCAAUUCAAACAACAGUUCUUUAGCUAGUUCCCCAAUGGAAAGUGGUUGUAAUUCUCCUCAACCCGAAGACGAAACACAAAAAAUGUUAAGACAUCAAGAAAAAUUAAGAAAAAUGGCCAAGGAAGUAUUAAUCGCUGCUCCAAAAUGUGCAAGCACUUCCCUCAAAAAUUCUACGUUAAAUCUUCCACCACUAUUAUUAGCCCAGGAAGCUUUGGAGACUGUAACGAACUCAGAAACUGUGAGACCUGUUCAUUUAAAAGUCCCAGAAAAUUUAGAGAGAAAGGUCCUAGUUAGUUUUGGUGUUAAUACAGAUUUUAAAAUGUCAAAACAUGAUAAUCCCUUGGCUCCUGUCGAGAAACUCCAAGAGAUAAAACCAUUGCUAGAAAAAGUCAGCGAUAAGAUAAAAGAAAAUUCAUUUAUAAAUUCUUUGAUUGAAAACAUCCCGAAAAUCAUAACAAAAAAAGAAAAAGCAUCGCAACCUGAAAUUUUGGUAGAGCAAGAUGUAGUAGAACAUGGUGAGAACAAACAGGUAUUGCACUUAGAAAAGAGUAGGCCCAGGGUUGAAACUAACGAUGUUGAAACACAGACAGAUAUAUCUCUUAUAUAUCAGUGUAAAAGAGGCAGAACUAGGAAACGGGAUCCAUCUAUCAGUUCAGACUCAUCAGGCAGAAGCGACUCAUCAAGCUAUCAAAAAAGGAGUAGAAAGCGAAGCUCGGAAUCAUCAACAAGUUCAAGUAGUUCAAAUUCAUACACCUCAUUUUCACCCAUUCACACUGCUGAAGCCUAUUCAAGGUUAUCAUAUAAUAGGUCAAGGUCGCGUUCUCCAAGACGAAAUGGUAGAAACCAAAACAACAUUGACCGCGAACAUUUAAAUGCUGUAGAGGAACGACGAAUCAUCUACGUCGGGCGUAUUAAGCAGGGAACUUCGAAAGACGAUCUCAGAAGCAAAUUCAAAAAAUUUGGCCCUAUUACGAAUAUAAGUCUGCAUUUCCGGGACCAGGGGUACAAUCAUCUGGAAAAUUAUGGCUUUGUCACGUUUAAAUAUAAAGAAGAUGCACAUGAAGCAUACGAGCAUGGAAACGAUGAUAAGAAAUUUCCCACAUAUAAAAUAAGUUUUGGGGGCCGACGAGAAUUCUGCAAGUCUUUGUAUUCCGAUCUUGAUAACAUGCGAGACGAUCAGCAUUAUCAGUCACACAAUUCUUAUAACUCUUUUGAUCAGCUUUUGAAAGAAGCUCAAGAAAAGUUAAAAAAACGCAGAGUUUGACACAAGGAUAACAACUUUCUAGUUUUCAUUUGUUUUUUUUUUUUGUAGUUAGUUUUUGAGUUAAGUACCUAUAUUACCAUUGAAUGUACAAAGAAUGGUAAAGUGAACAAGUAACAGAUUCGUCAUUAACUUAUUUAAUCCUCUAAGCCACCAUAACUUAUAAACCAUUUUAGUUCGUCAAUAUGAAUUAAUAUUUAAUUUAAUUUUUUAUCAUUUCUUUGUAUAUUCAGUAAAACUUUUAGCAAAUGUGAUUGCCAAGUUGUUGAUUCUUUUAGAGAGUAAUAUCACUGUUAACUAUUGAGCUUAGGAAUUGACGUCAUGACAUUAAAAUAAUUAUUUUUGAAAUAAAUAACCUUUUUCAUGUGAGAGUAACAUUUCAUUUAGAGAGUAUUGCAAUUUAUUUUAGUAUGUUUUUUUUUUUGUAUGGGCAUAAAUAUUUUUUAUUUUUUAUAGUUGUAUGCAGUGUCACUUUUUAUAUUUUUUUUGUAAAUAGAUUGGAUCUUAUGUUCACAACUUAAUUUUUGAAUUCUUAAAGCCUUUCAUGUGGUCGGAAGGGGUGUUUUAUGGGUCGUCAAAUUAUAAUUUAUCAUUUUAUUUUUCAUUUUUCCAAUGUAUAGCUUUUUAAAAGCGGGUGCGUCCUGUAAGAUAUUCAAUAAAUUAUUUGUACAUUAUAUAUUACUGCGUUGAUGAUUAAUUAUCGUUAUAUAUAAAUGUAUGAAUAAUUUCUCGUUAGGUUCUAGUGUUUAUGUCUGUAUAUACAGAAUGCACUGUGAAGAGGGGUUAUUUGAUUUGAACUUAACAUAAAAGUAUAUAGUUAUGUCCAUUGUCCAACUGUAUUGAUGAGGGUCGCUUCAAUAGAAUUACAUUAGAAUUUUUUUUUGUAACUUUUUACAUACAUAUAGAUAAAUGACAUAUGCUUACCUCUAUGUGUAUCUAUAUAUAUACGCAAUUAAGUACACUUUUAAACAAAUUGGUGGUAUAUUGGCUUGAUUGUAAGUCACUUUAAAAAAAAUUGGCCACAACAAAUAUUAUAUCCAAAUUUAAUUCAAUGGAAGUUUUUAAAAUAAUAGCAUUUAACUUAUAACAUCGUACUUACUCCAGUAAAGUCAUAAAUUUGUUCAAGGUCAAGUUUUUGGGUAAUGUUUGCUAAAUAUAUAAAUAUAAAUUUUUGAAAAAUUCGACCUGAAAACACGAACAGUAGGGUUAGAUGAAAUGUAUCAAAAAAAGUUAUUAGUAACUAAUAAACGAAAAUGUGAAGAAUUGGAACGAAAACAACACCAGCGAUCGCACAUGAAAAAUUUUCUGAUCGCUUACUAAUAUAAAAAAUGUCCCACAUGUAACCAACAUUAUGGGCAAAACACAGGAUUUCAGCUACCAUCUUUAUAAAUUGUGCAGCAAAAACAUUUUUGCAAUUAUAUGAAUUUCAUAUUUUGUUCCAUGGAAAAUAUUACUUACAAAACCACAAAUAAAUGUCACAUUUCAAAUUCAUUUUAUCGCCAGACUUAAUUGUUAUAUCAAUUUUAGUUCAUUUUACAAAAAUAAGUAAUUUUUUGUACUAGUUUUUUUUUCAGUUAUGUCCAUUGUUUAAACAUGUGCAAAAGCGUAAAAAGCCCAAAAACGUUUUUUGGCACAAAUUUAUUUUAAAAGAAACGUUUGUUGUAAUUUCAGUUUUAUUUGAAAAUACCUCUACCACAUUGUGUUCUUUUUUUAUACUGCUCAUUAUAACCUAAUUUUUCAAACUUCCACAGGCUACUGUAAUACCCUUGCGUUGGUGGUUUAUAAAUCAAACUUGCUGGCGUUUUGCUAACUGAAACAUUUAAGCUCUGAAGAAGCCAACAUGAUGUUUAGCGAAACGAGUACAAGUUUGAUUUGUAAACAACCGAUGCAUGAGGAAUCCAGAAGAUUUGUAACUAGCAUUACAAUCUAUUUUGUAAUCGGAAUAAUUUGCCUCAAAAUGUAUUUUUUUAAGGCAAAAAAUGUGUGCUGAUUUCAGAUUGAUUUCAAAAUACCUCUACCGCAUUGUGUUCAUUUUUUUUAUAACUUUUUUAGACGAAUAUGUUCCGUUUUUUGUUUAUUUUUAAGAAUGCGUAUUUUAGCUAUGCGUUUUGUCUCCGAUUAUAAUUCCAAAAUUAAUAAAAA